AUGGGCAUCGUCACUUGGCCCCUCAUCCGCCUCAACUGCUCACUCGGCCGGCUUGGAGCGCUCAGCUUUCGAAGAACCAUGGCCUUGCAUCCACCACCUGAUGGGGAGAAAUUAAUUUUCGCCCCUUCAUCGACAGCCACGAUGAACAGCCAGGCGGAACAGUUCCUCCAGCACGAGCGGACGGGCCUGCACCGGUCGGACCUGGACCCCUCGUCGCCGAUCCGGCAGUUCCACGCCUGGUUCAAAUCGGCGCUGGGCGACGGCGACUCCCCCGCCGCACCGAGGGUGUCCCACCCGGAGACGUGCACGCUCUCGACGGCGUCGCUGCCCUCGGGCCGCGUGUCGGCCCGCAUGGUCUACAUGAAGGAGCUCGACGACAAGGGCUUCGUCAUCUACUCCAACUUUGGCACCAGCCGCAAGGCCCUGGACCUCUUCGGCGACGGCACGCCCGCGUCGGUUGGGAACCCCUGGGCGUCGCUGACGUUUUGGUGGGAGCCGCUCGAGAGGCAGGUGCGCGUCGAGGGCCGCGCCGAGCGCCUGACGCGUGACGAGUCGCAGCGCUACUACGACACGCGCGUCCGCGGCAGCCGCAUCGGCGCCUGGGCGAGUCGGCAGAGCGCCGUGCUCAAGCCCGGAGGAGGCGCCGAGGGUGGGUCUGGCCAAGGCGACGACGACGGCCGCGCGCAGCUCGAAGGGUGGGUGCGCGAGACCGAGAGCAAGUUUGCCGGCGUCGAUGACAUACCUGUGCCAGACUUUUGGGGAGGGCUGAGGAUCGUACCGCUGCGGGUUGAGUUUUGGCAGGGGAGGGCGAAUAGACUGCACGACCGCUUCGUCUACGAGAGGGCAGACGAGAAGGACGCAACGUGGACUUUGGACAGGCUUAGUCCAUAG